CAACAUCAGGCGCGCGAUCAGAGUGCCCGUGAUAAACGUGUGAUGAACAAGUGGAGAUAGGAGCCGAGUGUCUCAUUGGUCUUUUCACCCAGGAGCCCAAUGGUCUCAGCUGUGUCUGUUUAGAGGGACUUUUUUUUCGGGACUAAUAACCCAAACGCUUUCCUCUUUGCCUGUAUAUCCCGAGUGUAUGCUGCGCGCCGUGACAGUCUGGAAAGCGCCUUCGCUCAGUUCACUUGGUGUUGAGGACACGCUUCGCGCAUCUACCGAUGGACAAGGCUCUCUCCAGUCUCAAGAAGCCUCCCAGCACCACUUAGCAUUUGCUUAAGGAACCCGUCCCGCAUCGGCUCCCAACAAACAUGGACUGUUUCCCCAUGCUUUAUUUUCUGUCGAGACAACAUGAUUCCUGGUAAUCGAAUGCUGAUGGUCAUUUUAUUAUGCCAAGUUGUACUGGGAGAGAGCAGCCAUGCUAGUCUAAUACCCGAGGAAGGGAAGAAAAAGGCACUGGGUAAUAACCCAGGUCAAAGUCAUGAACUGCUGCGGGACUUUGAGGCCACGCUGCUGCACAUGUUCGGCCUGCAGAGGCGGCCACGGCCCAGCCGCUUGGCAGUGGUGCCCCAGUAUCUGCUCGACCUCUAUAGGCUGCAGUCAGGAGAAGUGGAAGAGGCUGAAGCUCACGAUGUCAGCUUUGAAUAUCCUGAGAAGUCCACUAGCCGAGCCAACACUGUGAGAGCAUUCCAUCAUGAAGAGCACAUGGAGCAAGUGCCGUCAGACAGACCGUACAGCAUCGAGACUCCUCUGCGCUUCUUCUUUAACCUCAGCGGCAUCCCUGAGGAUGAGCUGCUUUCCACGGCAGAACUGCGGCUGUACCGGAAGCAGAUUGAGGAGCCUGGUUUGGAGUCCCAGCAUGUGGGAAAUGAGGACCUCCAUAGGAUCAAUGUGUAUGAGGUGCUGAAGCCACCACGGCCCAGGCAGCUGAUCACACGCCUCCUGGACACACGCCUUGUUAGCCACAACACCACCAGCUGGGAAAGCUUUGACGUGAGCCCGGCUGUAUUGCGUUGGACCCACGAGCGGUUACCAAACUAUGGACUUGCUGUAGAGGUUCUGCAUCUGAACCAAACACCGCGGCACCAAGGCAAGCACGUGCGCAUCAGCCGCUCACUGCACCACACUUCAGAAGAAAACUGGGACCAGCUGCGUCCUUUGUUGGUCACUUUCGGCCAUGAUGGCAAAGGCCACCCACUAACACGUAGGACCAAACGCAGCCCCAAGCAGCGAGGCCGUAAGCGCAACCGCAACUGCCGGCGACAUGCGCUGUAUGUGGACUUUAGUGACGUAGGCUGGAAUGACUGGAUAGUGGCACCACCGGGCUAUCAGGCCUAUUACUGCCACGGGGACUGCCCUUUCCCUCUAGCAGACCAUCUGAAUUCCACGAACCAUGCUAUUGUACAAACACUGGUCAACUCGUUGAACAGCAAUAUUCCCAAGGCCUGCUGUGUGCCCACCGAGCUGAGUGCCAUCUCAAUGCUCUACCUGGAUGAGACUGACAGAGUAGUCUUGAAAAACUACCAGGAAAUGGUGGUGGAGGGCUGUGGCUGCCGCUAGCUGGGUUUAGCAUUAAUAAAUGCUAGCGCAAUGAAGGCACGACCUAAUGGCCCCAUUGUAUACCUAAAUAUUUUCACUUGGAUGCUUAUUUAUAACGUUUAUGUUGAGAUGUUUGUCUGUCUCCUUUUUGUUUCCUUGACCAUAUGAUCAUAUAUUUUGACAAAAUAUAUAUAUUUAUAUCUACACAUUAAAAAUAAAAGUGAGACAUUAUUUUAAACAUUAAGAAGAAGCUGUACAACUUUUCAUGGUGUAUAUUAGAUUGUAUAAGGGUUUUUAUUGAGAAAUAGCUUUAAAAGUUUAAAAGUUCAUAUAUAUAUAUAUAUAUAUAUAUAUAUAUAUAUAUAUAUAUAUAUAUAUAUAUAUAUAUAUAUAUACUGAUAAUAUUUAUUACUUUCAUACUAUAUAUAUAUUUACACAAAAAAGGGUGAGAAAUGCUUAACUUCCCAGCCAACUUUUGAGCAAAUGACCAAAUGCAACAAAUGCAUAAUUUUUGUAUGGAAAAGAGCACUGUGUGAAAUGAUCAACUAACUGAUUUGUGUGAUAAAUCAGUUGGACAAAUCAUAAAUGUACUUUGAUUUUUUUUAUUCACAUUUUUUCGUCAACUUUUAGACGACAUUUUUUUUUAGAUGUCCCCAUAAUGUGUUUAUUAUUAUUAUUAUUAUUAUUAUUAUUAUUAUUAUUAUUAUUAUUAUUAUUUAAAAUAAAUUGUAAAACAGUACAAGACAUCGUGACAUGAAUAUAAAAAAAAGAAUAGCGGAAGAGCUCUAGACAUGCCGUCUUUUGCAUCAGCUUUCGUUUUAAAAUCGCACUUAGUUUGCUUUCCUCUAUGAAGAUGCAAUUAGAGUAGCUGAUUAAGUGUGACUCCUUUACAAAUUUGCCGACAUGGCGGCUAUACGGUGUGAUGGUUGCAGACGUGUGCUGAGACGCUGUCACCUCUCUCUGUGAGGAAUCAAAGGUUAGACCGACUGUCUCCUGCUUUUGUCUCCGAUAGCUCCUGCCGAAUGAAAAGAGACGCCUGUCGCCAACCUGUGGCCCCAAACAGACAAUAGACUUUCUGCAUCGCUUAUUUACAGUUGGACGGCUAUAAGGACUACAGGCUAUAUUCAGUGAUAAUGCCGCUGGCGGCGCUUUGAACUGGCGCGAGUGUAAAAUGGAGGCGGAGCUCAGCAUGCUUAAGGAAAUAACGUCGGUAAAACUUAUCAGUGAGAUGGCCUGCGUGUCUUUUCAAGUACAUUUAAUAACCUGUAGGUUAGGGUUUAUCAACUGGAUGCAGACCCAGCGAGGUAUUUAGCAGACCGAACUGAAAAAGAAGAAGAAAAAAGUUUAAAUGUAUGUGUCUUAGGCUAUUUAUAUUCAUGAAUUAAUCAUCAGUGGACCAACAUUAAAGGUAACCUGUCACGUUUCAUCAGUGAUGAAAGUUGACUUAUGUGGAAUUAUUAUUAUUAUUAUUAUUAUUAUUAUUAUUAUUAUUAUUAUUUAAACCCGAAAUUUUCCGCACAGAUUUUAGUUCAAUACAUUUCUAUAGGUUAUAAGUGGACUGUUUUAACAAAUAAGUUGAAGGUAAAAACCUCCAGUUUUUGAGUAAAACGUCGACACUUAGGCCUAUUCGACAGGGCUGGUCUAAUUAGUAUAAUCUAUUUACCUUCAACUGCAUGUUUCUUCUGUACAAAAAAGAAAAGAAAAAGGUGUAUUUUCCAAGAGUUUUGGGG